AUGAGAACAGAUUUGACUUGUCCUUUUGACGUCUCUCCAGCCUGCGGAGCCCAGGCCUCUUGGAGCAUCUUGGGGGCUGACACAGCGGAGGUUCCGGGCACACGUGGCCACUCCCAGCAGGAGGCUGCCAUGCCCCACAUUCCUGAGGAUGAGGAGCCCCCCGGAAAGCCACAGGCAGCCCAGAGCCCUGCCGGCCAAGGCCCACCCACCGCAGGAGUAUCUUGCAGUCCCCCCACAAUCGUCCUGACGGGUGAUGCCGGUUUACCAGAAGGAGAAACUGACCAAAACCUGGCCGACAGAGCUCACAGAUCCCACAAGAGGCCUUCUCACCGACACUUAAAGGUUUCUACAGUUUCGCUGACAUCUGUGGACCCUACGGGGCACAUCAUUGACCUGGUAAAUGACCAGCUGCCGGACAUCAGCAUCUCAGAGGAGGACAAGAAGAAAAACCUGGCGCUGCUGGAGGAAGCCAGGUCGGUGAGUGAGAGAUUCCUGACCCGCCGUGGAAGGAAGUCCAGGAGCAGCCCCGGAGACUCCCCGUCAGCUGUUUCCCCCAACCUCAGCCCUGGACCUUCUCCUACAUCCUCUCGGAGCAAUUCUCUUACUAUCCCCACCCUAGAAGGUUUGGAUGUGUGCAGUGGCCCACAGUCCCCUCUACCCGGAGCUCCACCCCAGAGGGGAGAUGAAGCCAAAGACUCUUCACCUCACCUUGGCGAGCCAAAUGUCCCCAAAGGGCUAGCUGACCGGAAGCAGAAUGACCAGAGGAAAGUGUCUCAGGGAAGGCUGGCUCCUCGUUCUCUUAUGGUUGAGAAGUCCAAAGAGAUUGCAAUAGAACAAAAGGAAAACUUCGAUCCUCUGCAGCACUCCGAGAGCACAUCCAAGGGCCCAACUUCGAGCACAAGCAGCAGUGGGAAAAUGGCCCUGAAUAGCCCCCAGCCUGGCCCUGUGGAGGGCGAGCCGGCGAAGCAGCUCGUGAAGACUGCAAAGGAGGGCGGCCCUCUGCCGAGAAGCCCAACCCAGGGCUCUGGAGGGGCAGCUCCUCCCGCCCCCCAGGGGAGAGGCCCCACUGGAGAACCAGUGGGGUCCAGGAUCGGCCCCAAAGCCGAACCACCUGUGUCCCGUCCCCCCCUACUGCGGGGGGUCUCUGGGGACAGUGGCCCUGAAGAACCCGGCUCCCGGCUGCAGAAAGUGUUUGCCAAGUUGCCACUGGCAGAGGAAGAGAAACGUUUUGCAGGCAAAGCCACUGGCAAGCUGGCCAAGGCGCCUGGACUCAAAGACUUUCAGAUACAAGUGCAGCCUGUGCGGAUGCAGAAACUGACCAAGCUCCGCGAGGAGCAUAUCCUGAUGAGAAAUCAGAACUUAGUGGGGCUCAAGCUGCCAGACCUAAGUGAAGCGGCUGAGCAGGAAAAAGGGCUUCCUUCUGAACUCUCCCCAGCUAUUGAGGAAGAAGAAUCAAAGACUGGCCUAGAUGUUAUGCCUAAUAUUUCCGACGUGCUGCUGCGCAAACUACGGGUCCACAAGAGUCUCCCUGGAAGUGCUCCUCCACUCACCGAAAAGGAAGUUGAGAACGUGUUUGUACAACUAUCCUUGGCCUUUAGAAAUGACAGCUACACCCUGGAGUCUAGAAUUAACCAGGCUGAAAGGGAACGCAACAUGACAGAGGAGAACACGGAGAAGGAACUGGAAAACUUCAAAGCUUCCAUUACGUCCUCAGCUUCACUCUGGCAUCACUGUGAGCACCGGGAGACCUACCAGAAGCUGCUGGAGGAUAUCGCUGUCCUUCACCGCCUGGCUGCCCGCCUUUCCAGCCGUGCUGAGAUGGUGGGGGCCGUCCGCCAGGAAAAGCGCAUGUCAAAAGCCACAGAGGUGAUGAUGCAGUACGUGGAGAACCUGAAGAGGACAUAUGAGAAGGACCACGCGGAGCUCAUGGAGUUUAAAAAGCUUGCAAAUCAGAACUCAAGCCGCACCUGUGGCCCCUCUGAAGACGGGGUCCCUCGCACGGCACGAUCCAUGUCCCUCACGCUGGGAAAGAAUAUGCCCCGCCGGAGGGUCAGUGUUGCUGUGGUUCCCAAGUUUAAUGCCCUGAACCUGCCUGGCCAGACUCCCAGCUCAUCACCCAUCCCCUCCUUACCUGCCUUGUCGGAAGCACCCAAUGGGAAAGGCAGCCUACCUGUUACUUCAGCACUGCCUGCACUUUUGGAAAACGGAAAGGCCAGUGGAGACCCAGAUGGUGAAGCCCUAGCUCCCGGGCCAACCCUGAGCUGCCUAGAAGAGGUCAGUCAGGAGACCAAGGCCAGAAUGGAGGAAGAAGCCUUCAACAAGGGAUACCAGGAAGGUCUAAAGAAAACCAAAGAGCUUCAAGACCUGAAGGAGGAGGAGGAGGAACAGAAGAGUGAGAGUCCCGAGGAACCUGAAGAGGUCGAAGAAACUGGGGAAGAAGAAAAGGACCAGAGAAGCAGCAAACUUGAAGAAUUGCUUCAUUUCUUACAAGUCAUGUAUCCCAAACUGUGUCAGCACUGGCGAGUGAUUUGGGUGAUGGCUGCAGUGAUGCUGGUCUUGACUGUUGUGCUGGGGCUCUACAAUUCCUAUAACUCUUGUGUGGAGCAGGCUGAUGGGCCCCUUGGACGAUCCACUUGCUCAGCAGCCCAGAGAGACUCCUGGUGGAGCUCAGGACUCCAGCAUGAGCAGCCUGCCGAGCAGUAG